UUUUUAUUAGCAUAUACACAUAUACAGUAUUAAAAUGACUGCAAGUGCAAUGUUACCUGCUAUGGAUAUAAAUCAUCCAAAUCCAGACCACGAAUCACAAUAUUAUCUUGCUAAAACACGUUUUCCAACAGAUGAAAGUAAUGAUCCUUUCGAACUUUUCAUUUGUCCCUAUGAUCCUUAUCACAAGAUUACUUCAAAAAACUGGCGAAAUCAUCUCAUGCGAUGUGCAAAGAACUAUGGUGGGAAGUUCAAAGCAUGUACAUAUAAUGCAAGUCAUAAAAUUCCUGAGCCAGAGUAUGAUUGGCACAUACGAAUUUGCAAUGAUAGAUUCUUAAUAGCAAAAGAUGUGAACAAAUACAAUGAAUGGAAAAUGGCUACUGCAGUUGAUCACCACGCAGAUCGGCAUGUUGUAAGUGAAGACAACUGGGAUGAUGAAAUCGAUGAGAGUCAACCAUCUUUUGAUCUGAAUCCAAAUAAAGGUAUGCCGAUGUGUCUUCUGCCUACCAAUCAGGAAGAUGUUUUAUAUGAGAAGCCUUACAUACAAGAAACUUUUGAGUAUAGUGGUUCAGAAAAUGGUGAUAUUUCAAAAUCAGUUUUAACAGAACAACUAUUACCUGAAAAACCAGCUGGCUGGAAUGACUGGUCGAAAUCUCAAAAGAAAAACUACAAAAGAAAAUAUGAAAGACAGAGGCAAAGAAUGAUGGAUGAAAAUCUAACAGAAAAUGAUUUUGCACGGGUAACUGAUCCAACAAAAUGGACUGAGAAAGAGCGUGAAGACAAACUCAAUGCUAUAAAAGCUGCUUACCCAUUGGCCAGUGAAAAAAUGUUAGCGGAACGUGUUGACUAUACUAGUCUUUUACAAAUUGUGUGUCAAAAAGUAAAAUGGAAUUUACCAGAAUACAAAGAGUGUACUUCUAGUCUUGGAGGCUUUGGUUACCAAUGCCGUGUGGGUUUAAAAUGGUACGAGAGUAAAGAAUUCAACUCAACUAAAAAAGAUGCCAAACACAACGCAGCUAAAUGGGCUCUUCUUGAGCUUGAUAUACCGGCUUUGGACGGAUCAAAAUCUGGCUGUGGAGCACGCACUUUGAGUAAAGCUGAUGUAGAUACUCUGAGAGAGCAUGAUGAAGCUGGGAGGUUGAUGCAAGCUGGUGCUUACCCUAUCAUGAAAAACUUUAUUUCGACUAGUCAAACACCAGUUCUAAAGCAAGAACCUCAAAUUCAGCAAAAGUUAGUCUCUUCUCAGCCUCACCAAGUAGAAAAGAAUCUUCCAAAAUUGCAACAAUUUAAGGAAGAAAAUAUAAGACCUCAGCAAAAAGCUUGGAGUGGAUGGAAUAGCCCAGCACAAAGUUCUCAACAUAAUUCAGUGCAAAGUCAAUCUGCAUCCAAUUUGAAUCAAUCAAUGAAUUUACUUAAAUUAAACCAAGAUGUUUCUGUUAAAGAUAAGGAAUUCCCAUCUUUGGAUGGCGGCGAAGAUUCUUGGAAAACAGUGCAGAAAAAACCAGUUGGCGGUUUGUCUGUUGGUCGAGGAAAAUUGCAUGGUCGUGGUCGCGGCACUACUUUGAAACUAUCCUAAUGUUAGUUGGAUUACCAAUCCACGUCAAUUUCUAAAAGUGUUAUUAGCGCUACACUUCAACUUCGAUUAGAUGAAAAAAUCAAACAACAACUUUACUUGGGUUUCGAUAAUGUAAAAAUAAAUACAUUUAGAAUGGUUCAGUUACAUUAAACUUUAAACAAUGUUGAGGAUGACAUUAUAACAACAAUUUAAUAUCGGGGAGGGGAAUAUUUUGUAUAUUUUACUUAAAACUGAUUUUUAUUUUAGAAUUUAAGUCUUUUUUUAAAAGACAUUUAUAAGAAAUCAUUAUAAUUGCGUUAAUCGUCUAAGCUGAGGUAGCUCUCUGGACCUCAAUGGAAAGAUAUGGAAAGAGUAUUGUCUUCCAAAUUGGGAAAUAGUUGCAACUCUAGAUAUGUUUUAAUGGUUCUAAAGAAAAUUUGUAACGCUUUUUUUAUUUAACUUAUGAAAGUUAUUUUUGAAACAUUGUUAAAAGCAUAAAUUUUGAUAUUUUAUAAAAAUA